AUGAGAGGUCGCAUAGUGUCGGUAAUUGGGGAGCGUGUGCCUUUAGAGCUGCUAACCCAUCGCCCCCUUAGUCCAGCGCAACUGGCUGAGAUCCAGGUUCUCCUGUCUUCGAGGUCCAUAGCUAACUUUGCGUUCACCUUUUGCCACCUUGUGUACUGGGUCGCUUUUGGCCAGACCCAGCGUGAUGCAUCCCAAGACAGUAAAGAUGACGGGGCACUCGGCACAAAGGACUGCGUCGAAUGCGAAGAAACUGACAAAAAUUCCCCUCCAAAUUACUCAAACAACCGCACUGGUGUUGUUGGUACACCCCAACCUCGUGUGCGCGAAGACGUUUCAAAGGAACAACGUGACUUGAACCAAGGCCACGAAAGCCUUAAAAAGGAAAAUUCACCUUUUACGCCAGAGGAGCCUUACCUGCCUUCUCAGGUCGACCCCAAGGCCCCAGAAAAUAUUUUCAAGGAGGAAUUAAUGCGCCUUCGUGGAGCAGAAGGUAGCACGACCAGCUUGGUAGGCGGAGGCCUCAGCCAAGUAGUCAGGAGAUAUGGAGUACUGCAACAUCCAUCAGAAGCGGAGCCGAUAGGAGAAGCGCCCGCACUAGAAAGCUGUGAAGAGCUCCUCGUUCCCCUCAAUACAUGCAGAAAAAGGCUGAAGGUGCUGGCCGCUGCCGAGGCCGCCUACCAAGAAGUCAUGGAGAAAAUCAAAAACUCCUUUGGGUCAAUUGGAAUUUCCCUCAUUUGUCCUCUUUCGGUGCUGGCCGUAAAGGAGGCUGUGGCUUGGGCUCUGAGGGAGCACCUGCCAAAGCUGCUAGGACAAAAGGCACUUCAACUCGAGCUAGCAGAUCGUAUUAACGCCCUCUUUGCUCAACUCUUCGACCCACAGGGAUAUUUUUCCAGGUUCCCUGCAAUCGACGCCCACCCAGUGACGCAGCAGCUCCAAAAAAAACUGGAAAAGUACCAGGCCAACUGCCCUAAGCCACCAGCGUCUACAGCCGAGUGUUUUUACACCUUGUGCACCCCUUUGGAUCUCAGAGAAUGUACGCAGCAGAUAGAGACGGAGGUAAAGCACCUGGAAAGUGAGGUCAACAAGCAACCAUCAUUCCUGCAUCUGAAGCACGAAAGCCGGCCAGGGCCAGUUGUAGGAGAAGUAGUACCCGAAGACGAAGAUCCCCAGCACAAAUUGCUGCGUCUGCAGAAGGCGCAGCAGGAGCUUCUCAACCGCCUGAAUCCGAAGGCAUUCGAUCCCAUUAGUAACUGGAACUGCCCAGCCUUGUGGGCUACAUCCCCGGAAGACCUGCCAUGA